GUUUGCAGCGCACUCCCCGAGAGAGACCACCUACAGUACAAAGCAUCCACCUCGACCUCGGCGUCUCCUCCCACCCCACCUUUCCCCUCCUUCCCCCAACGAAUCCAAACCCCGGAGCCAAGACAAGAGAUGGCGGCGGCCCUGGUGCGAGCCCUACGCGGACGGCGCGGGCCGGCGGCGGCGGCCAUGGCGCUCGGCCGCCGCGGCGGGCUGGGCGGUGCCGACGCUUCCCCUUCACCUCUGCUGCCGAUGAGGCGUUCCCUCGCCAGCGGCAACGGCGCCGGGGGGACGGGUGCUGGCGGCCACGGCGCGGGCACGGGGGCGGUCUCCUCGGGGUGCACCGGCAUGGGUGCCGAAGCACAAUGGCAUUGCAAGGGGGCGGGCGGAGGCGUCGUGGCCAACUCCGGCGGGGACGCAGGGGAAGAAUUACUAACCUCUCCUUCCACUUCCUCUUCUCCAGGCACUUUGCCCUCCCGCUCCGGCAAAGCAUUGGCCUUUUUUGUUUUUCUCGCGCCUUGCCGCUGGAUUGACCUUCUUUGUCGCAGGGCGACGGAGAUCCACCGUCUACGCAAGGACCUGUUUGAAGAAACCAGGCGUCUCUGGGACGGCUACCACAAGCAUUGUGAUGCAGAUAGAAAACUUUUCGAAGAGCUCGCCCAUUUAGAGAUGGAGAAUGCGAUGAACAUGGUUAACGCCAAGGAGAAUCUGGUGUCUACAACCUACAAGGUGCUGGGCUGCGCGGCGCUGUUCAUCAUCGGCGUCGCAACAUUGAUGGGGCCCUACAUCCACAGUUCUAUGGUGCACGACACCGUCAUUGAAGUUGAGCAGAGGCUCAAAGACAAGUUCAUCCACUGAACCCUGGUUAGAAACAGGUGCUCUCCGUCCUUCGGGUCUCUGAAGUUCAUCCGAAUUCUCUCAUCGUGUGCCUUAAAACGGCCGACAAGUUCUGCAAGUGACAGUGUCUUCAAAUCCACACGCUGUUCAAUGGAGGCAACGAGUUGCAUGUACCUGGGUGCCGCUGCUCGAGGUAAACGGCAUACGAUUACAUUGUUUGCCAGGACCGGAAUCAUCCAGUCCGGAGGGUCGUCCACCCAAUUACAUGAAAAUUUAUUCGAAUAACUAAAUCUAGCUAGCUCAUGUUAGACACCAUUAGCUUCUCUUUACAAUGCUGAAAAAUGACCUUCCCUAUUAAGUUUGUCACAUCGAGACAUUCUGCGUAGACUGCAGCCGCCGAGUCCCGCCAUUGUAAUUGACUAGUACAGAAGUUGACCACCACAUUACAUGCAUUGGCUGCAUGUGUUAGAAAGCGGCAUUGUGCUGCCAAAAACACCCCGUUCUGGUCGUGGAUGACAGCCGCCGUUGCUCCAGUUCCAGUUUCAUCAAAGUAUGAAGCAUCUACAUUCAGCUUGACCGAACGGUAACAUUGAGAAUUCACCGUAGCGGGCUAGUUUAGCUGCUUUUAUUUUUCUAUAUAUAUGUUAGGGCAUGGAUGGUUUCUUGUGCGUACUAGUAUACAAAUAUGUGAAGCACAAUCAUUGAAUGCAUGUAUAGGGUAGACUUGUAAUGGUUUCUUGUGGUGAAUAGCAGUGU